UAGCCUAUACUAUAAGCUCGGGAAACAAAAAAAUGAGCUACAGUCUAUGAUUCUGGAUCGAGCAAAAGAAACAAGAAGGAUAAACAGCGGAUGGACUCUCUGACGUUAGCUUUUAUGUAGGAGGAGCCAGGACCACUGACACGUCUUAAAAUAAAGCUUAAAUUAAUGUCUCGAUUGUUAGCAAACCGUACCGCUAGACUGUAAACUUUUUUCCCCUGGAUCUGACCAACUCUUUUCGAUUUUAUAGCGGCUUCGUCUUGGGUAUCCCACCUAGAGAGCCGCGGUCGAUGUAAAGCAAUGAGAUUCUCCAUGUUGUCUCUCCUGAGGCCGGUCGCGCAAGUAGCUAUUGGCAUCUCCUUAGGACUUACCCUGAGUUUACUGAGCGUGUCACUGGUGAGAGACCCCUGCGAUUUCCACGAGAAGUCGGAAAAAGAGCGUAUUUUAGGUCAGGGGGGCGAUCUGAACGGCGCUAGAAAACCAAAUACAGUUCCGAUCGCCAAACAUGAGAAUGGGGAGAGCGAGGAUAAUUUUAUACCCAGGAUUAUACCCUACAUACCAGCUAGACAAAGUGAACCAAAGAAACUUUUCAGGACCAGGUAUAUCAGCACUGAGCUGAGGAUAUGUGAGCGCCUCUUUGUGGGUGUCCUGACAUCCAAGGACACAGUCGGCACGCUGGGGGUAGCCGUGAACCGCACAAUCAGCCACCACCUGGAUGCGGUGGUCUUCUUCACAGGCACCCUCAAUCACAGGAUCCCAAAUGGCAUGACUGUGGUCACCCAUGGUGACGAGCCCCUCAUUUGGAACAUGUUCCAAACUGUCAGGUAUGUUCUUGAGAGAUACAUCGAUAUGUAUGACUGGUUCUACUUCAGCCAGGAUGACACAUACACAGAGGCAGACCACCUGAAAGCUCUCGUCGGACACUUGAGCAUGAAUGUCAACCUCUACAUGGGCCACCCCCAGGAAUUUAUUGGUGGGAAGGUCAAGGGAACAUACUGCCGUGGAGGUUAUGGGUAUCUCCUGUCCCGAUCCUUGCUGCUUCAGCUAAAUCCUUUCCUAGAGAACUGUCAGAAUGACAUUCUGAGCACCAGACCAGAUGAGUGGCUUGGGAGAUGCAUUGUUAAUCAUGUAAAAAUCAACUGUGUUGAUGAACAUGAGGGUCUUAAGUAUUAUCAUUAUAAAAUGGGGAAAAAAUUGGAUCUAAAUAUUUGGGACAAUUUACACUUGAAAAACAUCAUCGCUGUGCAUCCAAUAUCAGAUCCUGAACUGAUGUACAAAUUACACAAGAUGUUCACUGAGAUUGAGUUGCAGAGAACCUACCAAGAAAUAGAGAAACUGCAGGCAGAAAUAAAAAAUAUCAGUGAAGUGGCCUUUGAAGGUAAUAAGAGCACUCAGUGGCCUAUAGGGCUAAACCCACCCUUUGAACCAAAGACUCGUUUUGAGGUCCUGAGAUGGGAAUACUUCACUGAAAAUGAGCUGUAUUUUUGUGCGGAUGGAUCACCUAAAUGUGAGCUACGUGGGAUCAAUAAAUUGGACAUCACUGAUAUCAUUGAGGUUGCCAUGGAGGAGCUAGGCAAGAAGUACAAACCCAUACUACAGCUGAAAAAGCAGCAGCUUGUUAAUGGAUACAGACGGUUUGACCCCACAAGAGGCAUGGAAUACACACUGGACCUGCAACUUGAGGUGGUCAGUGAAAAGGGAAGGAGUUGCUCUAUCAUCAAAAGGGUUCACCUUCUGCGCCCGUUGAGUAAAGUUGAAAUCAUACCCAUGCCUUUGGUCUCAGAAGCUACACAAGUUCACAUAGUGCUUCCGAUGACUGUUCAUGACCUUGAAUAUGCCCCCGGGUUUCUUGAUCUGUAUGCCAAAAAUUGCUUUGAAAGGUCUGAGAAUACCAUUUUAACUUUGCUCUUUAUCUAUAACCCCCUGGAAGCACAACAUAUUGAAAAAAAUGACAUUUUUGCCAAUAUUAAAGCGAAGAUUGUUGCCUACGAGCAAGAGUAUCCCACGGCAAAAAUCCCAUGGAUUAGUGUUAGGGCAGACAACCUCUCUAAAAUUAAAAUCGUGGACGUAAUUUCGAAGAAGCUCCCAGUUGAUACAUUGUUGUUCAUUGCCAGUGUCAACACUAAUAUAAACUCUGAGUUCCUGAGUCACUGUAGGUUGAACUCCAUCAGCAACUGGCAAGUCUUCUUUCCAAUUCACUUCCAAGGUUACAACCCUGAUAUCGCCUUCCACAACAAGCAUCCUCCAUCCACCAUUGACCUGGUCAAAGACUCUGGUUACUUUGACCGCAACAUCUUCGACGAGGCAUGUUUCUACAACUCGGACUACAUGGCUGCGCUCAGCACCAUGGCCUCCGACGUUCAGGAGAACGAAGACCUCCUGGACACUUUGGACUUGUAUGACAUGUUCAUUAAUUAUUCCAAGUUGCAUGUGUUUAGGGCAGUUGAGCCCAACUUGCGUCAAAGCUACCGGCACCAGACGUGUGACCGACAUCUUAGCGAGGAGAUGUACCACAGGUGUGUGCAGAGUAACCUGAACAAUGUGGGUUCUGGCUCCCAGCUGGCCACCAUACUGUUUGAACUACAGCGGGGCAACAGCACUUGACCAGAAGCAAAAAACUGAAAAAUUGGCAGAGUUUCUCUAGCUUUUACCACACUGACUCUGUUUUUUAUGACUCAUUUGCCCACCACUUUUUCUGGUUAGGGUCACAGUACUUGGUGUUAGAGUUUAAAAAUACAGCACAUUUCUGAAGGGUUGCCAUACUUGCAUGACAAGAACAAGCUGUUUUGUGGAGGGAAUUUUAAUUGUGGUAUGUGAGCAUUUAGCCUUUGUUACUUGCUCUGCCUUGUCAAGCUAUUGCCUAUUGACUGGCUCUUUUUGCACAUUUCACAAAUGCCUUUGCUGUUGUUCAGAGGAACAAUUCCAGGCUUUAAUACUAUGAAUCUGCUCUUUUCAAAUAACAGGUGAUGACAUCCAUUUAAACAAUCACUACUUUACUAUGCACUCUGAGUACACACUCAUGUUAUAGUUAGGUAUGGAUUACAAAUGGAAUAUUUUAGUAUUGCUCAAGUAUUGGCAGAAGUGCCUUGAAGAAGAUCUGGAAAAUUUUAAUGUGAAGCAGGAGUUGCUGUCAUAGAAAAUUCUGAGAUCUGCCUCGUAUUUCAGACAAAGUGGCAUUUUGAAGCCCAAGGCCAUUAGGAAGAAUUAUGUGCAAUACAAGUCACAAUGUAUAUGCACUAGGGCCCAAACGAGCUGUCUGCUCUAGCAGCUUGUGGGCUGUUGCUGGAGUAUGCUUGACACUUGUCGAAAGAGGCAAAAUUCAAGUACAUCCUCACUGUUGGAGUUCAACUUGAUGGUUAUACUAUGCUGAUCUAAUUUUUGCACAGCAGAGCAAAUACCAUAAAGGUGGCUGUUUUUUCUUUAUUAUUUUCUUAACAGGGUAGUUAUUAUUUCCUUUUUAAAUUGCACUUGUCCAGACCGUCAAGUGAAGACAUUGCUGUUAUUUCUCUUCUGAUUGGACAAAAAAAAAAAAAUUGGAUAUUUUUUGAUCAUGCAAUUGUAUAGAGGCAGAGACCAGCUACUUUACAAGCAAAUUAGCCUUUCCUGGUAUGUAAAUAUUUAGUCAAAAUGAUGGAACUGAAUAUUUAAUGCUUGACUUUUUAUUUGUCAGAAUAGCAUGUCAUGCAACAUAUUUGACAAGAAUGAAAUAAUCCAUUCAAAGAAAUGAUCAAUCUGAAUUCACUAGGCAUUCAGAGAUACAUGGAGAUUAGAACUAAUUUACUACUGGAGGCAGCUGAGGAAUGUGAAUCGAUCUGAAUCGAUGCCGUGUUUCGUCUUGUUAACGGUGAAGGUGUUUUCAUAUUGUUAUUAAGAAUGUUGUGAGAAUUUACAGAAGGCACAUUGAUGAGGUUUACAGUUUAUAAGUAAACUGUUCAUAUAAAUGUUAUGUAUUUGUACACUGGAAAUAGAUUUUAGUUGAGUAUUGAACUGUAAGACAUACUGUGUGCACUUGUAUAGGUGUACCAUAUGCAAAUUACUUUUAUACUUUACUAGCGCUGGUAGACUGUCUUAGAAGCCUGUGAAGAAUGAGAUUAUCAUCCUGUUUUGUUAGGCUGCACUGUGUUAAACAAUGUACCUACUGACAGGACACUGUAACCCCCCCCACCACACCCCUCCUAAUGAGAUUUUUUUUUUAAAUUGCUUCCAUCUGUUUAGUUUUGUAUUCCACACAAAUGUAUUAAAUACCCAGUAAUUUGUGCUAUUUUUUGUACUGAAUUUACAUAUUGCAAGAGGACCAUGACAGGCUUUGUAAGUCCAAGAAUUGGACCAUUAUAAUAACGUUUAUAUAUAAAAAAAAAAGAGAGAGAGCGAGAGAGACUAUUUGAAGUCUUGGAAUUCAAGAUGUCAAGCGGGAGGUAAUACAAAGGCACAGGACUGUCCUGCCCUAAUGAUGUCAUAGUGGAUGUUUGCUCUGGUGUGAAUCAGGCUCAAAGGAAGGCAGCUUUGCAGAUGUUCACAAAUGCAGCCAGAUCAAAAAGGAGUGAGAUGUAUGAGGAGUGAAUUCACAUUGUUUUUUUUUUUUUUUUUUCUGUAGUUCGGGGUCUUUUCUCAUAUCCAGGCCCUCUCUCUUCUGCAGCAAUGUGC